GUCGGACGAUGCCGGAGAGAGAAGGGAUGCGUCAAGCAGGCGAACAGCAAACUCAGAAUACUGGACCGAUGUAGGGUAGGGUGGGCGGCAUUUAUAAAUGAUGAGUAGCAAGUUCAUACGAUUGCUACUACUAACGAGUUCAAAUCCCAUUUCUUAACUGACAUCUCUUUCGAUUACUUCCACAAUCUCACCAAUUAAAUCCCAUUUCUUCAGUUUCGCAGCUCACUUCAUCGCUGUCUCUCCCCGGACCGAUGACCAUCAAGGUUGAGCUUCAAAAGAUUGGAAUUCUUGGGCUUCAGCUAAUAUGGAUUUUCCUACACUUUAUUGUUAGUUCAUUCUACUUUGUGGUUAGUAUUGCCACGACACUCGAAAGCUAUUUGAUCUCUUGUGGAUUCCUACGCAAGUACAAUCAUCUGGAUAUCAACAGGGUCCAAUAUCUUGCCAUUGUUGUUGAAAGUGAUGAAGCUUAUAAUACCUUAAAAAUUAUUGAACUUCUGCAAUGGUUAGAAUCCAUGGGAAUUAGAAGUGUUUGUUUGUAUGAUGCUGAAGGGGUGCUUAAACAAUCCAAGGAAAUCAUUUUGAAGAAAGUAAAGAAUGCAUCGGUAUUUCAGACCAACGAACCUCUCCAACUAAACUGUAAGGGCUUUACUCUGGAGUUCAUUUCAGCGUCGGAUGGAAAGGAAGCCGUGGCCAGAGCAGCUAGUUUUCUUCUCAAAGACAAGUGGAGAAAAACCAACAUGAGUGGAGAUUCCAAUCAGUGCUUUUCAGAAUCACAGAUGACUGAGGCUCUAAAAGCAGUUGGAUGUGGAGGGCCUGAUCCUGACCUCAUUUUAGUAUAUGGACCUUCAAGAUGUCACUUAGGGUUUCCUGCUUGGAGAAUCCGCUACACAGAGAUUCUACACAUGGGACCAUUAAAGUCCAAGAAGUAUGGUUCCCUGGUAAAAGCCAUUUACAAGUUUACCAUGGUUCGGCAAAACUACGGUGAGUUACUUGCUAUUGCCUUAAUAAGUUCUAGCGAAAUCAUGUGAGACCUGAUAGCAGAAGUAGCCUUUCAAUUCUAAACUUUUACUAUUUUAGAUAUCAGCUUCUGACUCGUAUUGGAAUUUUUGAAAGUCAUUUGGUUAGCAUAGCCAUUGUGUAAACAAGGUUCUUACGCUUGGGUCUUGAAUUUUAGAAGUGCUCGCUUCAACUCAA